ACCAGGCUGGAGCAGCUGCGAGUGCUACAUCUUGGCAGUCUGAAGCGAUUGGCUCCUCUCUGGGGAGUGGAGGGUGUUCAGUUAUUAAUGACCGCUGAGCAGGCAGCACCAUGUCAGUGUGACAACUGAUCUGGUGAACGAUGCACCACUAACCACCAUGGAAACAAGGAGAAAUAAAGCCAGCGAGCAGGAUCUCUCUUCACUGGAUUGAGAGCCUCAGCCUGCUGCCUGGGAGAGUUCCAGUCAAAAGAAGGAAUCCUAGCUGCGGGCUUCUGCCUUCCUUUAUAUUUCAGGGAGGAAAAAAAAAAAAGAGAGAGAGAGAGAGAGAGAGAGAGAGAGAUACCAUUGCUUGCAUGUGUGCACAUCUAUAGUAUACAAGUGUGUAUACUUAUUACACAUACAUGUGCACCUACUUAUACUGGGGUAAGAAGACAGCCAUGUGAUUACCUCAACCAAGGGACUGAGCAAGCAGGGACAUGGGAGGAGGGCUAUGCCUGUAUCUGCUAAUGCAAGGAUGUGAGCCUUUUUCCUGUUACUCAAUCAAGAGAGUGACAUCCAAUCCUCCAUGGAACGGCCUCGGAAACCGGAAAGGCAUGCGGCAUCCUUCAUGGAUUAACCUAUUGUAUUCAUUUCUCAAAUAAACUUCGAGAGCAUGGAAGAGGAAAUCAGAAAGUUAAAUGUCAAAGAAGCCUAUGAGGAAACCUUUUCUGUUAAUCGUCUACAAAGCUGAGGCCUGGAAGAGAAGGGAUACAAGCUCCCCUUGACAAAGCUGGAGAAAUCAGAACCAACCAAUUAACUGGCGGACGUCAUGGUUCCUUCAUUCUCAGUUGAGUGAUUCAUGAACGCAUACAGAAAUACAUUUUGUACUUUUCACCUAGGCUUUUCCUUCAUCUUGGACAUGAGAAUAAUGCCUCUACAUCUACUAGACAACAUGGGAUUUGAAUUUUAGAUUUUUAAAUAAAUGAAUCGCUCCACAGCCUAUGAUCAUCUAUACAUACCCCAUCUUCGAAGAGUCCAUCAAUACCCUGGCACUGAGGAGACAGCAACCAGCUUUACUCCACUAUGCAUGCCAUUUUUGGAAAAUACAUCUGUGACACUCAUAGUUAUUUCCAUGAAGAAAACAUCUACAAUUCUAUUGAAUUCAUCAUUUGACAAAUACAAGUACAUCCCUCAUCAGUCAACUUAUACUGAACUUACUGGUGGCGACGGGAAUCCUUAAGGGCCUAUUAAAUUUCUAAAGAAGAAAGCUAAGAUGAAGGACAUGCCACUCCAAAUUCAUGUGCUGUUUGGCCUAGCUAUCACCACACUAGUACAAGCUGUAGAUAAAAAAGUGGAUUGCCCACAAUUAUGCACAUGUGAAAUCAGGCCUUGGUUUACCCCCAGAUCCAUCUACAUGGAAGCAUCUACAGUAGACUGUAAUGAUUUAGGGCUUUUAAACUUCCCAGCCAGAUUGCCUGCAGACACACAGAUUCUGCUCCUACAGACUAACAACAUUGCAAGAAUUGAACAUUCCAUAGACUUCCCAGUGAACCUUACUGGCCUGGACUUAUCUCAAAACAAUUUAUCUUCUGUCAUGAAUAUUAAUGUACAAAAGAUGUCUCAGCUUCUUUCUGUGUACCUAGAGGAAAACAAACUAACUGAGCUGCCUGAAAAAUGUCUGUAUGGGCUGGGCAACUUACAAGAACUCUACAUUAAUCACAAUUUGCUUUCUACCAUUUCGCCCGGAGCCUUUAUUGGCCUACACAACCUCCUUCGACUUCAUCUCAAUUCAAACAGACUGCAGAUGAUCAACAGUAAGUGGUUUGAUGCUCUUCCCAAUCUAGAGAUUCUAAUGAUUGGGGACAACCCCAUCAUCAGAAUCAAAGACAUGAAUUUCCAGCCCCUUCUCAAUCUUCGCAGCCUGGUUAUAGCUGGCAUAAACCUCACAGAAAUACCAGAUAAUGCAUUGGUUGGGCUGGAAAACUUGGAAAGCAUCUCUUUUUAUGACAACAGGCUUAUUAAGGUACCCCAAGUUGCUCUUCAAAAAGCUGUAAAUCUCAAAUUUUUGGAUCUAAAUAAAAAUCCUAUCAACAGAAUACGAAGGGGUGAUUUUAGCAAUAUGCUACACUUGAAGGAGUUGGGGAUAAAUAACAUGCCUGAACUCAUCUCCAUUGACAGUCUUGCUGUGGAUAACUUGCCAGAUUUAAGAAAAAUAGAAGCUACUAACAACCCCAGAUUGUCUUACAUUCACCCCAAUGCAUUUUUCAGACUCCCCAAGCUAGAAUCCCUCAUGCUGAACAGCAAUGCCCUCAGUGCCCUCUACCAUGGUACCAUAGAGUCUUUGCCAAACCUCAAGGAGAUCAGCAUCCACAGCAAUCCCAUCCGAUGUGACUGUGUCAUCCGCUGGAUUAACAUGAACAAAACCAACAUUCGAUUUAUGGAACCAGAUUCUCUAUUCUGCGUGGACCCACCGGAAUUCCAAGGCCAGAAUGUACGGCAAGUCCACUUCAGGGAUAUGAUGGAGAUUUGCCUCCCUCUUAUAGCUCCUGAGAGCUUUCCUGCUAGCUUGGAUGUCGAUACUGACAGCUAUGUGUCCCUUCAUUGCAGAGCUACUGCAGAACCCCAGCCUGAAAUCUACUGGAUCACACCUUCUGGUCAAAAACUACUGCCAAACACUCUGAGAGAGAAGUUCUAUGUGCAUUCUGAAGGCACACUAGACAUAAGUGGAAUAACACCAAAGGAAGGGGGGUUAUACACAUGUAUAGCAACUAAUCUAGUUGGUGCUGACUUGAAGUCUAUUAUGAUCAAAGUGGGAGGCUCGGUUCCUCAUGAUAAUAACAGUGCGCUGAAUAUUAAAAUAAGGGAUAUUAGGGCCCAUUCUGUCCUGGUGUCUUGGAAAGCAAGCUCUAAAAUUCUCAAAUCCAGUGUUAAAUGGACAGCCUUUGUCAAGACUGAAGACUCUCAUGCUGCCCAAAGUGCUCGAAUACCAUCUGAUGUCAAGGUAUAUAAUCUUACUAAUCUGAAACCAUCUACUGAGUAUAAAAUUUGUAUUGAUAUUCCCACCAUCUACCAGAAAAGUAGAAAACAAUGUGUGAAUGUCACCACGAAAAGUUUGGACAGUGACGGGAAAGAAUAUGGGAAGAGUCAUACAGCAUUUAUGGCCUGCCUUGGGGGCCUUUUGGGGAUUAUUGGUGUCAUGUGUCUUCUCAGCUGUGUCUCACAGGACAUGAACUGUGAGGGUGAACACAGCUACUCAAGGAAUUACUUUCACAAACCAACCUUGGCAUUCAGCGAGUUUUACCCCCCUCUGAUCAACCUCUGGGAACCAGGCAAAGAAAAAACUGCACACUUGGAAGUUAAAGCAACUGUUAUAGGUGUGCCAACAAACAUGUCCUAAAAACUACCAACCAAACCUACUUCAAAAAAAAAAAAAACUCAAGACUGAGUAGUGCUAAAGAAUAAAAAAAAAUAACAAAAAAAAGAAAGAAAAAGGAAAACAGGAAUAGACAAACUACAGCAAAAUCAGGCAGAGGAAUGUUACUCUCUGGAAGGCAGAUUCAGCUUCCCCAGUGCUGCUCCUGGCCAAUAGAAACAUGGAAGUUGAGCAUUUUAAUUGACUGGCUUCAAAGGGUACUGUGGCAACCAAAUAAAAUUUCCAUUUUCUAGAACUUUCAUGUAACUUUUCUGUCAGGACUACAGUUAACGUGAACAAAAACAUUUCUGUAUUUUUUUUAAGUAUAGAAGAGUAGUUGAACUGAGCAAUGCCUCCUCCUGUGUUGUAUUACACAUGUUAGCCACGAAUUUUUGCAGUGACCAGAUAAAUUUGAAUUGACACGUGGUGUAAGGAAAAGGACAAAUUCUGUAGAGUAGACACAGUGAGUAUGUGGACCUCUUUUAUAAGGAAAAAUACAUUUUGGAUUAAAAUCAA